AUGCUGGUGUUUUUCUCUUCGUUGCUUGGCAGUGGUCCACGUCCACGGUUCAGGAGGAGGCUGGCGCAGGCUGGAAGUCGGCUACGUUUAGAGGAUCGAGAAUGCCGCCAGAAGACGCUACUUCUUCAAGUGGGUGACCUAGGACUUGGGUACGAUUCAGAAGAGACCGUACUAUUCAAGUACUGCAGUGGAGGGUGUCCUAGAUCUCGUACCAACCACGAUUUGAUCCUGUCCCGCCUGUUACAGAAAAGCGACCUCCCUUCCCUCCUGGAGGAGAAAAUAUUCAGUGGACCUUGCUGUCGACCCACGCAUUAUGAAGACGUGGCCUUUCUGGACGACAACCACCGGUGGCAUACUGUGGAGAAGCUUUCUGCUGCAGCAUGUGGCUGUGUUGGCUGA